AUGUGAAUAAGGUCUAUUCGGGGUGACGGGCGGCAGCAAGAUGGCGGCGUCCAUCACGCAGCAGCUGCAGGAGUUGCUCAACCCACUGCCGGCCUUUAGACACCUGGAGGACGAGGAGGAUGAAGCGACCAUUGCUAAAGUUAUCGACAGGUUCGACGAGGGAGAUAACAGCCUGGCAGUUGACAGUAAACUGCGGAAACAAGCGUCAGCUUUACUGUGUGACACAGAUGGGAGGUACGCUGGGAAGGCGACCUCUCGAAAGGCAAUGCAAGAAGAGGCCAGUGAGGAUUCCUUGUCUGACGACUCAGAUGAAGACAUGACAGAGAAUGAGGAAGGCAUCGAGAACGAAGAUGGCGAGGCAGUGAAUGACAAACAACCUGUGUGUGAAGAAGUGAAUGGAAGCAGUUUUGACUUUGAAGUAAUCAAAGACUAUGAGAAAUUUGCUAAAGGCAUGGAUGACUUGGGAGACAGUAACAGUGAUGAUGAUGAGGAGGAGGAUGAACAUGAAGAUGUGGAGAAGGACAAUGCCUCGAUGGUGACUUUCUCCAAGGUUAAAGUCGCCGAAGAAGUGGAGAAGGGAAAGUCAGUCAGAAACCAAAUAGCUCUGUGGGAUCAACUACUUGAAGGAAGAAUCCUCCUGCAGAAAGCUCUUGUGACGGCCAAUACUCUUCCCCAGACGGCCUCCAUGGCUUCUUUCAAAAAGAAAGGUGGACCAGAAUUUGCAACUGCUUCGAAGGACAGCUGCAAGGCGUUGAAGGCACUGCUGAGGUCACUGGUUAUGCUACAGGAUGAGCUGCUUUACUGGCAACCAGACACACAACAUUUUGUCAGCGGAAGGGAGCCAGAGCCAGAUAGUGAUGAAAUUCCCAGCGAUGAUGAAAGGGAGAGAAUCCACGAGAGAAAACGGCCACUGAAAAGGAAGCUGGAAAUGGAUGAAUACCCAGAGUUCAUGGCCAAGCGCUUUGCUGACUUCAAAACCUAUCGGAACAGCACACUGCAGAAAUGGCAUGAGAAGACCAAACUAGCCUCAGGAAAAAUGGGCAAGGGUUUCAGUGCUUUUGAGCGUCCAAUCUUGACUCAGAUCGAGCAGAUUAUGAUGGAUAAAGAGAGGCUGCUGCUGCGGACCCAGACCAAACGAUCCUUGUACAGCAUCCUCGGCAAGGUGGAAAAGGAUCCCCAGACGAUUCCAGAGACUGUGCCUGGAGAGAUGGAGAUUGUGCCACAAGGAAAGUCAAACGCACAUCUGAAAGACAUAGAUGAAGAGAUUUUUGAUGACGAUGACUUCUACCAUCAGCUCCUCAGAGAACUAAUUGAACGAAAGACCAGUACUGUUGAUCCAAAUGAUCAGGUUGCUAUGGGCCGACAGUGGCUUGCCAUUCAAAAACUACGGAGUAAGAUUAAGAGAAGAGUUGAUACCAGAGCAAGCAAGGGCAGAAAAAUAAGAUUCCACGUUCACAACAAAUUAGUGAGUUUCAUGGCACCUAUUGACCAGGCUACAAUGAACGAUGAUGCGAGGUCCGAACUGUACAGAUCGCUGUUUGGAAAUGUCAAAGAGGCUGAGAAAGAGCGAUGAUCAUCUCUGCUGGAUCCUAGGAUGCUGGUUUUCAUCAUGUCACCAUGUGGACUGUUGAUUAUUGUGGGACUGUCUGCAAAACCAGAGUCACGCAGAACAUCCCCACAUCCCACUCAAAUUGUUUUAGGGUUUAUAAAGACUUUUAUAAGUGGCACAAACUUUGCAAAAUAAUUCAUGCAAUUCCACCUAUUGUGGUUCCCACAUAAGGGGAAUUGGGAGUGUGACCCUUUGAAAAGAUUUGUCCACCCAGUUU